UUUAUAAAUGUCCUUACUGAAUUCUCUCAAGAUCCCUCAUCCAUCUACGAGUAGGAACAGCAGAAGGAGAAAGAACCUCCUCAAAAUCUCGAGAUUUGCUAACUUCAGGGAGAAGAUGCCGUGCUACUCAAAUUUUAAGCUCUACUCAGACUUAACAACAGUAAGAUCAGGGUCAAAAAAGGUAGUCAAAUUUGGAACAAAGGAUAAGCACAACAAAUCCCAUCAUUCUCCUCUCACAAGGUUCCCCAUAACACAUCCUAAGCUAGGAAGAACACUGACCUUGAAGGAUCUGACUGAGAACUUGGGAGACCAGACUGAUGAUCUUCAGUGAAGAAGGAAUUUAGCUGAUAAGACAACCAGAGACUUCUCUGUAAAUAAUUAUGAGUUUGAAGACAAUCCUUGCAUAAAAUUAAAGGCUACAAGAAAUCCUAAAUUCCUUCUGUCAUCUACAGAAGAAACUUGGGAUAUCUCUGAACACCUAAUAUCUGACAUAGAUUCCUCCAGAAUCCCAAGCCUCAUGCAGUUCAAAUCAAAGACAGAUCGCUCUCUGCAAGAGGAGGGUUCCCAGGAGCCUGAUACUAGCAAGGAAGUUAUAAGCCUCAACACACAACUUUCAACUCAAAAGUCUUCAUGCUCUGGCCAAGUCAUUCCUGCUCAUUGUACUUACCAGAGCAGUUGUUCCAGAUGUUCUGGCAUUCUCAAAAGAUUGUCCAGCUUAGAACAAGAGAACAAUGACCUAAAAACCAUCAUCAACAGCCUAAUUACCCAAAACCUCUAACCUCCCAGCCACCCCCAGUCCCAAAACCCGCACUUAAAACUUAUCUCAACAAUCCACU